CAUUUCAUGUUGACAAAGUGUAGUUGGACAGGGACUCAGUUGGACAGUUCCCAAACGUUACCAUGGAUAGAAUAAUUAAAGGGAUAAUGAAAUACAGAAAAUGCCAUAGAGAAGGAAUGGUGAAACAAUUUCAACAAGUUCGAGACCAUCCCGAGCCAAAGGCAGUAUUCUUUACCUGCAUGGACUCCCGGAUGAUCCCAACUAGAUUUACGGAAACGAACGUUGGGGACAUGUUUGUCGUGAGAAACGCCGGUAAUGUCGUACCUCAUUCUCAACAUUUUCCGGAUGAGUUGACAAUGUGCGAGCCCGCAGCUUUAGAGCUUGGCUGCGUGGUGAACGACAUAAGGCACGUUAUAGUGUGCGGACACAGCGAUUGCAAAGCUAUGAAUUUGUUGUAUGCCCUGCGGGACGAGGAAUUUGCAUCUAAGGCGAACAGAAGGAUAUCGCCAUUGAGAGCAUGGUUGUGCGCCCAUGCCAGCAGCAGCUUAGCGAAGUUUCAACAGCUCGAAAUCACUGGCUUCCGCCAGCCAAUAAUCUUUCAAGCUGAGACACCGAUGAGGAAGUUCGUAGCUUACAUUGACCCCGAAGAUAAAUUUUCCAUCGAAGACAAAUUGUCUCAAGUGAAUACAUUGCAACAACUACAAAACGUAGCCUCGUACGGGUUUUUGAAGAAGCGACUGGAAAGGCACGAUCUGCACAUUCACGCCCUGUGGUUCGACAUUUACACAGGCGACAUUUAUUAUUUCAGCAGAGCGAACAAAAGAUUCGUCGAAAUAAGCGAAUUGACGGAAACGCCUUUGCUCGCUGAAAUUAAAAGAUAUUAUUCCUAAGUUCCAUUACUCUUGAGCGGUGCAAUCUCUAGAGAUGAGAAAUCUCAUAAUUCUGCGGAUUAAGACUGAGCAGUUCGAAUACGACGAAUCUUUGAAGAAUGUUGAAACGUAUUUUAGCCGUGGUUUCGAUACUCGUUCAACUGAAGACCAUAUAAUGUACCUGGAUGUGAAAGUAGUAAAUUCUCUUCCCCCCUCCCCCCCUACCCGUCCCCCUACCGCCCCUGCUUUAUUAAGAUUGGUAUUACAAACUUGUUUGCACAAAAUAAACUACGACGAUAUUGUCGGAAGUAUUUACAAUAAGAUUAGUCGGUCUAAGUUUAUAUCUUUAUUUAUACAAAAAUGGAGCGAAGCGUGUGUCCACUGGCGUACAACGCUUAGAACCUAGACAUUUCUUACUAUGUAUCUAGAGAUAACUUUAAAUGAAAUGUUAUUUUUGAAACUAUAUAAACGUUAUGAUAUUUUAUGUACUGUUAUACACUAUAAAAAGUUUAUUCGAACAUAUAUAUAUAUAUAUUUUUAGC